CAAGUGUACAACACACCUAGAUGCGUUACGAAUAGGAGAAAAAGAAGUUUGGGAUGGGUGACUGCGAAUACUCAUAUCGCUGUUUGCUCUCCUUUUUUUUGUUUGUUUUUACCUUAUAUUUUGAUGUUGUGCGCCACACAUUUCGGCCAUAUUGAAAUACUAGCCAUACACAGCAUGCAAGAAAGGGCAAAGAUCUCUCGAUACGAUCAACUCAUCGGUGGUCGCCACGUCUCCACGUCAACGCCAGUAUACCUUUCUUGAGAGAACUUUUUUCCUAUCGAUGGCAGCGGUUUCACGUUUAGAUCCCCCGCUCUUGUACUAAUCUCUCAACUAAUAUACGUGAACCACCUACUACUGAUAUCCUGUCAAACAAAAUCUCAUCAAAAUGCCACUGGGACUAGACAUCAAGCGUAAGCUCACAGCUCGCUCAGAUAGGGUUAAAUGUGUUGACCUCCAUCCAACAGAGCCAUGGAUGCUAUGUUCUCUAUACCAAGGGAAUGUCAAUAUUUGGAAUCAUGACACACAAACACUUGUCAAGACUUUUGAAGUCUGUGAUCUUCCUGUCAGAUCUGCAAAAUUUGUUCCAAGGAAGAACUGGGUUGUCUCUGGUUCAGAUGAUAUGCAGAUCAGAAUUUUCAAUUAUAAUACACUAGAGCGAAUUCACUCUUUUGAAGCACAUAGUGAUUAUAUCAGAUGUAUCAUAGUUCAUCCGACUCAACCAUUCAUUUUAACUAGUAGUGAUGAUAUGCUUAUAAAACUUUGGAAUUGGGAAAAGUCUUGGCUGUGCCAACAAGUUUUCGAAGGCCACACUCACUACGUCAUGCAAAUUGUAUUUAAUCCCAAGGAUAAUAACACAUUUGCAAGUGCAUCUCUAGAUAGAACCCUAAAAGUCUGGCAAUUGGGAUCUUCAACAGCAAAUUUUACCUUGGAUGGUCAUGAGAAGGGUGUAAAUUGCGUUGAUUACUAUCAUGGUGGUGACAAGCCUUAUCUCAUUUCUGGUGCUGAUGAUCGUUACGUUAAAAUUUGGGAUUAUCAGAACAAAACAUGUGUUCAGACAUUGGAAGGACACUCAGAAAAUAUUACAGCUGUCUGCUUUCAUCCUGAAUUGCCAAUUGUUCUGACUGGAUCAGAGGAUGGCACUGUAAGGAUUUGGCAUGCUGGUACAUAUAGGCUUGAGACUCGUCUCAACUAUGGGUUUGAAAGAGUUUGGACAAUUACAUCUACAAAAGGUUCCAAUAAUGUAGCUAUUGGUUAUGAUGAAGGUAGUGUCAUGGUAAAAGUUGGUCGUGAGGAACCAGCUGUGUCUAUGGAUUCUCUUGGUGGUAAAAUUGUAUGGGCAAAACACAGUGAAAUUCAGCAAGUCAACUUGAAAGCACUUGGAGAAGAAGCUCAGGAUGGUGAAAAGUUGCCAUUAACUGUCAAAGAUAUGGGUGCUUGUGAGAUCUAUCCACAAACAAUUCAGCACAAUCCUAAUGGAAGAUUCGUGGUAGUUUGUGGUGAUGGAGAAUAUAUUAUUUAUACAUCUAUGGCCUUGAGAAACAAAGCUUUUGGACAGGCUUUUGAGUUUGUUUGGGCUGCAGAUUCAAGCCAGUAUGCUGUCAGGGAAAGCGGUACCACUGUCAAAGUUUUUAAAAACUUCAAAGAGAAGAAGAGCUUCAGGCCUGAUUUUGGAUGCGAUAGUAUUUUCGGUGGCCAUCUCCUUGGAAUUUACUCGAGCUCUGGUCUUUCGUUUUACGACUGGGAUACGUUCAAAUUAGUGCGACGCAUCGAUAUUCAACCGACCCAUGUUUACUGGGCUGAAAAUGCCUCGCUUUUAGCAUUAGCUACAGCCGACCAGUAUUUCAUUCUGAAGUACCAGGCUGAGGCCAUCCAGAAUGCCGGUGAAAAUGCUGAGGAUGUUGAAGACGCAUUCGAGAUGAUAGCCGAAAUGAGCGAAGUUGUAAAAACUGGUCUUUGGGUUGGUGACUGUUUUAUCUACACGAAUAGCGUCAAUCGUGUAAAUUAUUUCGUCGGGGGAGAGGUCGUAACAGUUUCGCACUUGGACAGACCGAUGUACUUGCUUGGAUACGUACCCAAAGAUAACAGAUUGUAUCUAUGUGACAAAGAGUUGUCUGUAGUAUCUUAUUCCCUUUUGCUAUCGGUAUUAGAAUAUCAGACGGCCGUUAUGCGCAAAGAUUUUGACACGGCAAACAAAGUUUUGCCAACUGUUCCCAAAGAGCAUCGGACUCGAGUUGCUCAUUUCUUAGAGAAACAGGGUUUCAAAAAACAAGCUCUUGCAGUGUCAACCGAUCCAGAGCAUAGAUUUGAAUUGGCGUUAUCCCUUGGAGAUCUUGAAAUCGCUAAUGAACUGGCUAAGGAAGCAAGUAGCCAACAAAAAUGGCGACAGCUUGCUGCCUUAGCUACGCAACAAGGUAAACUCGAACUCGCUCAAGAGUGUCUGCACAAAGCUGAAGACUACGCCGGUCUGCUGCUUCUUGCUACUAGUACUGGAAACGCUGAUAUGGUUGAAAAACUAGCCUUGUCAUCGGAUCAGUCAGGCAAGAACAACAUUUCCUUUCUAUCAUUUUUCAUACUUGGUGACGUCGACAAGUGUCUGGAGAUUUUGAUAAAAACCGAUCGUAUACCCGAGGCUGCCUUUUUUGCCAGAACAUAUGCACCUAGCAAGAUUUCAUCUAUUGUAGCAUUAUGGAAGGAAAAGCUAUCGGCAGUUAGUGAAAAAGCAGGUCAAAGUUUAGCUGAUCCCGAGAAAUAUGAGAACUUAUUCCCUGGAUACAGAGAAUCUUUAGAAAUUGAAAAGUUCAUGAGGGAGCAAAAUAAGAAGAGGAUUCCAGCUUCAGAAUAUCCUACAUUGACACCAAAUAUUAAGCGAAACGCUAAGGAAGAAUGGUUAGCAGCGACGGGAGGUGCAAGUACCAGCAGUCAAGCUGAAGUGUUACAAUCUACAGAGCACCCAACAGCAUCAAACGAUGAUUUGUCAUCGGUGGCGCUAAAUGACGUUGAUAUCAAUAAGUCAACGUCAGUAGCAGCACCAGUAGCAGCACCAGUAGCGCCAACAAAAACGAGUACCUCGAGACCACUUACAGUCGAUGACGAUGACCUUGAUCUCGACUUAGAAAUCGAUGAAAAUAUAGAUACAAGUCCUGUGCCACGGAGCGGCUAAAUGAUGUAAAUUUUGAUGAUGAUCUUCUGGACGAAUGAUAAACAGAUGAACUAAUACACACCAAAAUCUACUACUUGCCCAUCCUGUGAUACAAGUGGAGUAUUGUAUCGCGCGGAUGGUUUUGUAUAGUACACGACAUUAAAGAAAGAAAAGUGAUUUAAGCGGUGAAUAAUUCUCGUCACUAUAAUACGAGAAUAGUAUCGCAAAUAUUGUUUUAUUGAAUAUGUAUGGAAAAAAUCGUAAAACUAUUUCUUCAUGCUCUUUGAACUUUUGUGUUUGUGUCACAAUACUUGCGUAAUUUCUUUUUUUAAUUGACCUAUUCCUCAGAGUGUUGCACAGUAUGCAUGAUAAAUAUGACUAAACAAUACUUUGCAAGCACGAGAUUUAUUACUUUAAAUGAAUGAAUAAAUAUAAUGGUCAUAUGCAUAUUAUUAUUAGUAUUAUUAUUAUUAUUAUUAUUAUUAUUAUUAUUAUUAUUAUUAUUAUUAUUAUAAAUGGGGGUGUUCGAGACUUAUUUUUUCUUGAGGCCAUCCGCCAUGAGAAAAAAAGAACAAGUUUUUCAUUCCAUGAUGUCAGAUAAACACAUACACACUACUGUCCUGCACUAUUGCUUUUUAAUCUACUUAUUUCUCAAUUCUAUAGCUUUCUUUUAUUUUUCUUCUUAGUGUACUGUAGUAAUAUUUGAUGCGAUUUUCUAUACCAUUGUAUGUGUAAUUAUAGGAUAAUAUUAUUUUUGUUUGGAUAUUUGAUUUUCAAAAAUGUAGAACAUAGUAGACUAUAGUGAUUUUUAU